CGGGGCGGCCCGGGGCAGCAGGCGCUGGGUCUCCGAGCGCGGGCGAGUUGGUAAACAGAUCUCGAUCGCGUGUGAGUCGCCGGCUCUGCGGCGAUCGCGCGGAGGCAGCGCGAAGGUGACCGAGGCCCAGCUUCCGGCCCCCGGCCCUGAAGGAUGGCGGCCCUGUUGGGGGACGCCAUCAUGUUGGCCAAAGGCCUUGCCAAGUUGACCCAGGCGGCCGUGGAGACCCACCUGCAGCACCUGGGCCUCGGCGGGGAGCUCGUCAUGGCAGCCCGGGCCCUGCAGUCCACCGCGGCGGAGCAGAUCGGCGUGGCCUUGGGAAUGGUGCAGGAUCAGAAGCAUGAGGAGCCUUACGUUGCUGAGAGCUUUGACGAAGCAGAACCGGAGCUGCACUUCUCAGGGCCGAGGGCCGAGGGCGCCGCUGCAGAUUUCUCUGCAGCCUCCUUCCAAGACCAGUCCUCGUCCCCACCCCAGGAUCACGCCGGCAGCAAGGGCCCAGCCUCCACCUACGUUGGCAGCGGACCCUUUAGGGAAGCGGGGCUCCCAGGCCAGGCUGCCUCCCCUCUGGGCAGGGUGAACGGGAGGCUCUUCGUAGACACCAGAGACCCUUUCUCUGCCACUGGCCUCCAGCGAAGGUUCUUCCACCAGGACCAGUCUCCCGUUGGGGGUCUCACGGCCGAGGACAUCGAGAAGGCCCGGCAGGCCAAGGCUCGCCCUGAGAGCAAGCCCCACAAGCAGAUGCUCAGUGAACGGGCUCGAGAGCGGAAGGUGCCAGUUACCCGGAUUGGGCGACUGGCCAACUUCGGAGGUCUGGCUGUGGGUCUGGGCUUUGGAGCACUGGCUGAAGUCGCCAAGAAGACCCUGCGCCCUGAGGAACCCUCCGGGGGUAAGAAGGGCGUCCUGGACUCCAGCCCCUUCCUGUCGGAGGCCAACGCGGAGCGCAUCGUGAGCACGCUGUGCAAGGUGCGCGGGGCGGCGCUCAAGCUGGGCCAGAUGCUGAGCAUCCAGGAUGAUGCUUUCAUCAACCCCCACCUGGCCAAGAUCUUCGAGCGGGUGCGGCAGAGUGCAGACUUCAUGCCACUGAAACAGAUGACGAAAACUCUCAACAAUGACCUGGGCCCCAACUGGCGUGACAAGCUGGAGUACUUUGAGGAGCGGCCCUUCGCAGCUGCCUCCAUCGGGCAGGUGCACCUGGCCCGAAUGAAGGGCGGGCGCGAGGUGGCCAUGAAGAUCCAGUACCCUGGCGUGGCCCAGAGCAUCAACAGUGACGUCAACAACCUCAUGGCCGUGCUGAACAUGAGCAACAUGCUUCCAGAAGGCCUGUUCCCUGAGCACCUGAUCGAUGUGCUGAGGCGGGAGCUGGCACUUGAGUGCGACUAUCAGCGAGAGGCCGCCUGUGCCAGGAAGUUCAGGGAGCUCCUGAAGGACCACCCCUUCUUCUACGUGCCGGAGAUCGUGGAUGAGCUCUGCAGCCCCCACGUGCUCACCACGGAGCUGGUGUCUGGCUUCCCCCUGGACCAGGCGGAGGAUCUGAGCCAGGAGAUCCGCAACGAGAUCUGCUACAACAUCCUGGUCCUGUGCCUGAGGGAGCUGUUCGAGUUCCACUUCAUGCAGACAGACCCCAACUGGUCCAACUUCUUUUACGAUCCUCAGCAGCACAAGGUUGCUCUCCUGGACUUCGGAGCGACGCGGGAGUUUGACAGGUCCUUCACCGACGUCUACAUUGAGAUCAUCAGGGCUGCCGCCGACAAGGACAGGGAGGCCGUGCUGAAGAAGUCCAUAGAGAUGAAGUUCCUCACCGGCUACGAGGUCAAGGCCAUGGAAGAUGCCCACCUGGACGCCAUCCUCAUCCUGGGGGAGGCCUUUGCCUCGGAGGAGCCCUUUGACUUUGGCACCCAGAGCACCACCGAGAAGAUCCACAACCUGAUUCCCAUCAUGCUCAAGCACCGGCUCAUCCCGCCACCUGAGGAGACCUACUCGCUGCACAGGAAGAUGGGGGGCUCCUUCCUCAUCUGCUCCAAGCUGAAGGCCAAGUUCCCCUGUAAGGCCAUGUUCGAGGAGGCCUACAACAACUACUGCAAGAGGCGGGCCGAGCAGUAGCCGCCAGCGCAAACUCUCUGCUCUCCUGCAGUUCAAACUAGUAGGAAGCCGGUGGCGGUGGUGCUCCGUUUAAACUCCUUUGCCCAAGGAGAGAGGGAGGCUGGCUCCAAUGGGGCGGGGGUGCUGCUCGGAGCCCCGUUACCAGCGCUUACCACGGUUCUUAUCGCCAAAAGGAUGUGGGGCGAGAUGUGCCGGAAUGAAAACGAGCCCCCACCUUCUCUGUCAGAAUCUAACAGUUUGUUCAUCCUCUGAAAUACUCUAAUGGAAGAUAAAAAGGCAGUUUCACUCCCUUUUCCUUUUAGUAACAGGGGUUUUUCCUAAUGUGAAUGUUAACCAGAAGAUGGGAGACUACUGCCACCAAAAAAACAACAGAGACGCCUUUUUGGAUGCUAUUGAACAAGUAUACAAGGUUUGUACGUGUGUGUAUGUUUCUAGAAUGAGAUUUGUGUUUUCUGCCCAUUUCCUCUCCAGCUUGUGACCUGCAGCUGGGAGAAGUCAGAUCUGAGCAGUGCCCACAAGUACUGACUAACCCGGCGGGGCCCACGCCUGCUGGCUGGCUGGCUGCCGCACCUUAUGGGAAGUGCUGCCCCUCUCCCCGUGGGCAGGGUCAGGAGCCACGGAGGCGCGGGGAGUGCCAGCUCUUGUCCCCGGCGCCUGCUAGGAGACGGUGUGUGGAGCCUUUGUGGAAGGAUAUGAAUGUGCAAUGUCACCUGGUUAGACGUGAGGGUCCGCACAGGCUGUUAUUUUUGUAAAAUUCUUGUAAUUGUCUGAUUUACUUGUUUCAAUAAAAACAAAACAUCCUACCAUC